AACUCCUUUUAUUCCAAUUUCCCAGAAGUGAGUGUUUGACAAACCUGCCCUAUCCGAACGGGACAUGCGCUUGUAGUGGUGCAAUGACGCUUUGUUUACGAAUCGAUGAAACGUCACUCUCGCACCGAACACAACACAACAAGCCGAGAGCGUGCAGAAAGCGGUAAAAUUCGCUUCUCGCCUGUUUUCUCACAAAGCAUUCGGUGUUUCAGCACUCAUAAAGGAGGAAAACUCAGCUUGAAAGGCUUUCCAUUUGCUACGCGAUGGAAACCGAACCCGAACAAACCGACCGAUCGUCCAACGAGACGGCGCUAGUGGUGCAGAUCGUUAGCGAGUAUCGUGCGAUGUUACAGCAACAGAUUGCACUGCACCUAAAGCGCCAGCGUGAUCACAUAGCCCGGAUGCGGCAACGGUUCCUCUCGAAACUGGCACAACGGUUGCACCGGAACUACGUGCUGUACGAUCGUACCAGGCGUCGGAUGUUGAUGGACGUUACGCUGAUUAAUACACGGGGGCGUAAUAUUCGAGAGCGGAAGAGCGUUCGCGAAUGUUCGGAACCACUACCACCGACCGAAUCCGUCGAGGAGUUUAGCGAACUACAGUUCGAACAGUUUCGUAUGGAUCACGGCACGUUUCAGUUUCUGCUGGAUAAGCUCGAACCAGAGCUUUCACCCAAAACACCGGCACUAUCAUCGUCCACAAGGCUGGCGGCGGCAAUCUAUGUGCUUGGAUCGGGAAAGGGUUACGGAUCGGCCGCUGUCAAGUUCGGGAUGGAUUCGAGCGUCGUCCAUGAUUCUGUGCGAAUGUUUUGCCGCGCAGUGAUGAAAGUUUUUCGAAAACAAGUCAUCGCAAUGCCGCUAGAUGACGAUUGUAUCAAGCAGGCUGUGCUGGAGUUUGAGGAAUUUGUCGGCAUACCACAGAUGUGCGGAGUGGUUGGCUGUUUGCAUGUGCCCAUCAAACCGCCGAGCAAGGAGCUGACGAAGUAUGUGAACAGUAAAGGUUGGAGCUCCAUUAUACUGCAGGCGGUCGUCGAUUGCAAUGGAAGGUUUGUAGAUGUAUCGUGCGAACAUCCGGGACAGACGAAACCCGCCGAUAUGCUUAUAAACUCGACCCUUUAUCAACGGAUGGAACAACUGGAGGCACCUACUGCUGCCGUUGGCAAUAGUAACGUGACGCCGUUUCUGCUGGGUGACUGUAAAUAUCCCCUGCUGCCCUGGUUAAUCACACCGUACUCAACCGGCGAAUGUAUGUCCACUGCCGAACGUUCCUUUAACGUGUACGCAGCGAAAGGCCGCAGCUGCAUCGGUAAGGCGUUCGAUCGUUUGGUCGGACGCUGGAAGGUGUUGAAUCGCUGCAUUGAUCACAGUGAAGCUGCUGAUCUGAUCAUUACCUGCUGUACACUGUACAAUAUCGUCGAACAGCGCGGAUCACCGUACCUGGAUACGUGGAACGAGUGUCACAGCGAGGAGGACAUUACACCGGACCAGCCGCACUGGGAGUGCCAGAUUGUGUCGAUGGAUGGGCAGGAGGUGAGAAACCAUCUGAGCAAAUACAUGUACGACCAUUUUCCAGUCGUACACGAUGAGGAUUGAAAAGAAGAAACGAUCAAAACUUCAACACUUAUUCUA